AUGAGCGGAUCUAGCGAGGGCCGCAUCGUGCUGGAGCGGGACACUUGGCUGGUUGAGAACUUCAAAAACCCCAAGGAAAUUCAAACACUCAAAGAUGGGCAAAUGAAACACAAAGUCCAGGUGCGGGACUGCGCAGGGCUGAGCCUGCAGGUGGAGGGGAAGCUGAACUCUUUGAUUGUGGACUCGUGCGCGGACUGCCGCAUUUGCGUGGCGAGUUUAAUUGCAACUGUGGAAAUAGUGAACAGCCAGAAGAUCAAGCUGCAGGUCACGGGCUGCGUGCCCGCAGUCUCGAUCGACAAGAGCCAGAAAGUGGACAUCUUCGUUUCCCACGAAAGCAGGGGCGUCGAAAUCACCAGCAGCAAGUCCACGGAGAUGAACUUGAACGUCCCCAAGGCCGGCGAAGACGGCGACUGGACUGAAAUCGUCAUUCCUGAACAGUUCCACCACAAGUUGAAUCCCGACGGAAAGCUCCACACCAGGGUCUCGGACUUGUACUCUUGCUAG